AUGGACCACUAAAGCGCCCAUUUUCAUGAGCACCUCUCACUAAGGCAGCUCGGAGCCGGCGGAGGCUGAGAGAGGAAGAGGGAGGGAGCGAGCACCAGAACUGAUGGAUGAGCCAAAGGUCACAGGUACCAAACCAAAGAUGUCCUCGACAAGAAAGAUUCUACUCAUCCUGGGAUUCCUCUCUACUUUGGCUGUAAUUGCUUUAAUUGCUGUAGCAGUGACCCAAAACAAGCCACUUCCGAAGAACAUUAAGUACGGGAUUGUGCUGGAUGCGGGAUCGUCCCACACUAACCUCUAUGUGUACGAGUGGCCAGCAGAGAAGGAGAACGACACUGGGGUGGUGAAGCAGGUGGAGGUGUGUAAAGUUGAAGGCCCUGGGAUCUCAGGUUACUCCCAUGCCACAGAGAAGGCAGGUCCCUCUCUGGCACAGUGCCUACAACAAGCAAAAGAGGUGAUUCCCUCAAUGCAGCACAAAGAGACACCUGUCUACCUCGGAGCAACUGCUGGCAUGCGGCUUCUCAGGUUGGAGAAUGAAAGUGCAGCUGACGAAGUCUUGUCCUCAGUAGAGACGACACUACGCUUAGCUCCCUUCAACUUCCAGGGUGCCAGAAUCAUCACUGGUCAGGAAGAAGGAGCCUAUGGAUGGAUCACCAUUAAUUACCUUCUGGGUAGUUUCAAGCAGUCUGGCUGGAAAAAGCUGCUGCAUUCCCUGAAAUCCACAAGUGAGACAUCAGGAGCACUAGACCUCGGAGGAGCCUCAACACAGAUUACCUUUGUAUCAAAGGAACUCUCUUCUGAGUCUCCAGAGAACCAGCUCUACUUCCGUCUCUAUGGCAAGGAUUACCAGGUGUACACACACAGCUUUCUCUGCUAUGGGAAGGACCAGGCUCUGCAACAGAAACUGGCCAGGGACCUACAGACCAUGGAGAGCAGCAGUCUCCUUGACCCGUGCUUUCACCGGGGGUAUCAGAGGACUAUAAAUAUAAGUGACUUCUUCAAAAACCCUUGUACAUCAGACAAGAAAAAGCAAUUACCUUUCAGCCAGCUGUACAUAGAGGGAGAGGGGGAUUAUCAAAAGUGCCGAGAAAACAUCCAGAAACUCUUCGACAAAACCAAUUGUCCUUACUCCAGUUGCUCCUUCAAUGGGAUAUACCUACCUCCAUUACAAGGGGAUUUUGGGGCUUUUUCUGCUUUCUAUUUUGUGAUGAACUUUUUGAACCUGACCGGUGAAGCAAGCCCUGUUCCCCUGAACAAAGUGACCAGAACCAUUGAGAGCUUCUGUGCCCGGCCUUGGCAAGAGGUGAAGACAAUGUAUCAAAACAUCAAAGAAAAGUACCUGAGUGAAUAUUGCUUCUCUGGAGCCUACAUCCUCUCUCUCCUGGAAAAUGGCUAUGAAUUCACCGAAGAUAACUGGCAAAGGAUCCACUUCCUUGGAAAGAUUGGUAGCAGUGAUGCAGGUUGGACCCUGGGCUACAUGCUGAACCUGACCAACAUGAUCCCUGCAGAGGAGCCAGCUGUGCCCCCUCUCUCUCACGGCAGCUACAUAGGGCUGAUGGUGCUGUGCUCCCUUGUGCUGGUGUCUGUGCUCCUGUUUGCCUGGCUUCUCUUUCACAAGCCCAAGUGCCUGCAGAAGGGGGUUGUUUAGGAAGAACCUGGAGAGGAGAGGGGCCAUGUCACCCUGGCUGCUCAGGGCUAGGAGACCCCAGCAGAGCAGCCUGUACUGCAGAGUUCCUCUCACUGAAGCUACUGACUGUACAACAAGGGCAUUUAUUUCUUCUGACUCACAUUUGCACUGAGAGAUGUUGGGACAUCAGGCUCGCCACCUUUCUCUGCCAAGGACAGACAAGCUGGUGUCCCCUCCUUGAAUGGGUUGUACUUUCAUUCAAUGAAACUUUGCUGCUUGUUGGUUUCUGCCUUGUGCACAGCAUUAUAAAGAGGAAAGUGGCAGCAAUCUUUGGGAGCCAGUGCUCCUGCGAGGGUAAUCUCAGGGUCACACAUCCCACUGAGCUCUUGGGAGCUGUCACACACAGGGUGAUCCUGCUCCUUUUCUGCUGAAGCUGUUCCCAAGAGCCCUUUCCACACCAGCACACCUCUGCUCACCUCCCUGGGCCCUGAGCUCUCGCAGCCCUACAGCUGGGUCCAGCACUUGCACCUGAUGGUGAGUCAAGCUCCCAAAUGCCACUCUGGGAAAAGAAGGGAUGAGGACAAAGAAACUGAACGUGCUGGUGGUCAUCAGCCCUUAUCUGGGCUGUGGUGGCUGUCAGCUCCUUUUGCAGGUGGUAAGAAGCCUUUUUCCCACAUUUUUCUGAUGUUGCUGGACCAAAGCUGGCUCACUGUCGCACUGAGCCAUUCCCAUGCCCCUAGGGUACAUCAAGACACGAGUUCCCAGACAGGCAUUGCUGUUUUUUGCAGGAACAGCUUGUACUGGCCAAGGAUCCUUGCCCAAUAGUGAGUGCUUAUGCCUACAGGAACUCUGGUGUUAUCAGCAAGCCUGUAGGUAUAGACCCACCGAAGCAAUCCAGGGUCACUGGAUAAUACAGCAGCCUCCAAUCUAGGAAAGAUGUUUUAUUAAGUAAUGUUCUUAUAGACAGCUGGCAGCAGUUAACCAGCAUUGGUUAACUUUUCUUUCCAUCAGCAAAAUUAGUGAAAAUUUGCCUUUCCUUCCCUGAUGAAAUAGGCUUAUCCUAUGGCCAUAAGACCCAGGGCUUGUGAGUGCACAUACUGAGGCCCAUCUUCUAGCACAUAACUAGGAUGAUGCCAUUGAUUUGGUUUAUGAAUCACUUUCUUCCAUUUUUCCAUUCCUUGGUCUGAAAAAAAAAAAAAAAAGAGGUAAGUCAGAAAUCCAUUUUUGUAAAAACACUCAGAAACCACUGGUGCCUGUCUACCUCCCACAAAAUCUUGGAUAUCUCUUCUCCUAAUGGCCUGUAAGUGCCGGAGGUCAAAAGAAAGCAGAUAUUUUAGAGAAAAAGGCAUAGUAAACAUGUACCUUCACGUGUUUCCCCAAGCAAAGGUGCAGGCAGUGAGGAGGGGGUCAGGAUGUGCACACCCAACAACACCUUCUCCUUUAGGCAAGCACAGACACAGAACUCAGAGUUUUCAUGCUUUCCCAACCUGUUCUUCUGCACAGUUCAGGCAUGAAAAUAUCCCGCAGUUCUUUCUGCUUUAUGCCUGGAAGUAGAAGCCCUAACAUAUUGAAGAACCUAAAGGUAAGGUUCUUACCCUGUGAUCUUUGGGCAGAUCAUUGUUCUUCCAAAAAUUUCUGUCUUAUUUUUGCUCUGAAGUAGCUGACUUCAGCUUCUGUUGGACCUUGUUCUGCCCAUUUCCAAAGGACUGAGUAACUCUGCUAUUAAAAAUCCCUUUUUCCUUGUU